CUCUGAUAUCAGCCCAACUGUGGGUUAGAGGUAAGUCUCCUGUUUCUCUGAUAUCAGCCCAACUGUGGGUUAGAGGUGAGUCUCCUGUUUCUCUGAUAUCAGCCCAACUGUGGGUUAGAGGUGAGUCUCCUGUUUCUCUGAUAUCAGCCCAACUGACAAUGCACAACACACUUAAGGGACGUUCACACCAGCAACGAUAACUAACUAUACUGUAACGGUAAAAGAGACCACACUGACCAACGACAAGGAAAGUCUCUCCUUGUGUUGAUGAAUGUGAAGUCUGAAAUGUGUUGGGAUCUGAUUGGCUGUCAGCUUUUUAUCUUUCUCAAAAUCCCUCUGAAAGUGAUCUCCAACAAUAGUUCUUUAUGUCAUUAUCAUUAUAUUGUCACGUGUGGAAGUUGUCAUUCAUAUUAAGUAGAACCAUAGAUUUUUGACAUAUGAAUGCAGAAAUUGCAGGGCCAUUCAUAUUUUGAGAUGUUCACAUAAAGUUUUGAAGACAUAUUGGACUAGCAGAAAUAUGUUGUGCAUGUGUGAAAAACAUUGUGUGCAGACAUAUGAUUUACAUGUUGAAAUAUGUUGUGCAUGAGUGAUAUAAUUUGCAAAUGAAACCCUUCCUACUUUCCUGUGUGACGCUUUCCUGUGCAGCUCUGUAUCUGUUUGAGGUGCUUAUUGCUCUCUCUCCCUGCCAAUCUAGAGUAAAUUUGUGGUAGCGAAGGUGUAUUCAACAUGUAGUUUCAUAUAAAGAUGAUUACUGGCUCAUAAACGUAAUUGUAUAAUGACACAAUGACACAGUACAGUUUUAAAAAUGAAUUAGAAGAGUAUUUGUAGCUUGAGACAACUUUUUACUCAUGUGUGUUUCAAGUAGUGUGUUACUACCCACCCUCAAAAUCUAUGUUUUAAUGUUGAUAUCCUGUAGGCUGUGCAGUGAAAACAGAACAGCUGAAAGGGCUGAUUUUAGGCGGUUAUUCCUCCUGUAAGGGGCUCAGCAACCUGGGUACUGCUCUGCUCUGAUGCUAGAGCGAUAUGGGCUUUGAUAAAUCGGUCGCUGGCUGUGGGCACUGUAGGUCUACUAAUUGUCUGUCUGGCUGGCUAGUCAGUAAGCUAUGUGCUAAUAGUCUCUUCAGAGAGGCUGUGAAACAAGGACCAAAAUGUAUAAUCUUGUACAUGUAUCUUCAGUUUCACAAGCUUGUAACUUCAGCAUUGAACAGGAAAAUAGAGGAAGAAAAAUAUGUUUUAUAUUAUUAUAAUAUUAAAAUGUAUUAUUACACAGCUUUUCAGAGUGCAGCAGAAAGUUCUAUUCACAUGUUAGGGCCUUCCCAACAUUCGGAGGUCUGUUACAACUAUAUAAUGACCGCUGCAAAGUAGAUAAUGACCACUGCAAAGUAGAUAAUGACCGCUGCUGUCACUUGCAAAAGGUUUUGUGCUUUUGAUACACGUCGUUCAUAUCUUUCUGCAAGUAGUCAUUUCGCUUAUUGCAAUGGGGUUUCAUUGUAAGUGAAAUUCAGCAAGUAACACGUUGCUAGCAACACCUGAAACUGUCAAGUUCUAUUUGUGUGGGGAACUAUUUAUUUUGGCAGCGGAAGCCACAAAACAGUAACAAAAUAAUUUUAAAAGAUACAUUGUGUGAAGUUAUUUUUCUUGUUUUUGCGAGUAGCCGUACAAUACGUGGGAUAAUGUAUUUUCCGUAGCGGUCUGGGGUCCUGCAUUGUAGUCCUGUCAGGACUUAUUUUCCGAUAAUGACCGGUGGACAUAAUAGCUGUAUAAAACUUAUUUACAAUAUGUGCACAUUUUAUUUAUGUUUAGAUGCAGAUAUAUGGCAGAUGUAUUAAUGUAACGUGAAAACCAUUCUAAUCUGACUAAUGAUCUUGUCUCUGCUUUUUUUAGAUCGCCGAUUACUUCGGCAAAUAGGCCUGGAAUUUGGUGUACCUGAGAUACAUGCUGAAGAGAGGAGGAAAAUGGAGGAAUCUGUCCAGUCUCUGGUUUCCCCUGCUUUGCAGACUGAGUUCAUGGAGGAAUCCACACAACCAGGGAAGAGGGACAAGGAGGCAAAGGAGAUGCAGAUUAAAGAUGGAGAGAUGAAGAAGCUAGAGGAUGAGAUGGUAAAGACAACACAGGAACUGGAGGGGAUGAAGGAAAAGAUGGAGAAGAUGAAAGAACUAGAAGAGGAGAAGAACAAAGACAUAGAGAAGAAAACAGAACAACUGGAGGAGAAGAUAAAAGAGGGAGAGAAGAUGACCCAGAAACUAGAGGAGGGAAAUAAACUCCUCCAGCAAAAAGAGACAGAACUAAUGGACAUGACUAAACGAGAGAUGGAGAGAGAGGGACUACUGGAGAAGAUGACCAGAGAGGUGGAGACCAAUAAAAGACAACUGGAGUCACUGGAAAUGGAACUGCAGGAAAGGAACAGACAACUACAGGACCUGAGAACCCAACUGCAGGAGAAGGAGAAGGAGCUGGAGGAGAAAAACCAACAGCAGGAGAGUGAAAAACAGCAGGAAGGACUUGACCGACAUCAAGAAGAUCCUAGUCCUCCUCUCAGGAGAAAGAGAAGAAAAAGCAUUAACAGGCCUCCAUCCUUGGCAGAGAACUGUCCUGAUCCAGAACCUCUACAGUCUUCUGCUGGGUCUGAGUUGAGACUGGUGCUGAUCGGGGGGAGUGCAGCUGGGCAGAAGGCAGCAGCAAACACCAUCCUGGGUACACACACAUCCACAGAGACCCAGCACAGUGAGUGCAGAUGGGGGGAGGUGGCUGGGAGAUGGGUGACCUUGGUGGAGACUGCAGACUGGUUCUGCAGUGGACUCUCUGAGAAGGACAUGAGACAGGAUGUGAAGCUUUGUGUUCAACUGUCUGCUCCGGGACCUCAUGCUUUCCUCCUGGUGAUUCCAGAGGAGCUGUCUGAAAGGGCAGCGAGAGAAAUGCUAGAGAAAAUGGAGGAUAUUUUUGGGGAGGGCUGUUGGAGACACACACUGAUCCUCUUCACCAAUACUAAGGGGUUGAGAGAGAGGGGUAUGGAGGAGUUGCUCCAGAAAGGGAGCCGGGAGCUUCAGCAGCUGGUAGAGAAAUGUGGGAACAGGUAUCACCUUCUCAAUGUCAAAGACAGGCCUGAUUACAUAAGCAUUGCACAACUGCUAGAAAAGAUAGAGGAGAUGUCAAGAAACAAAGUGAGAUUCUACAGCAGUGAGAUCUACCAGGAGGCAGAGAGACAUAGAGAGGAGGAGAUGUCAAGAGCUCUGCUUGACAGAAGUGGCAUGGAAUUCCUGAAAAAGAUGGAGGAAGAGAUCAAGCAAAAAGAAAUAUCAAAAUUGCACGAGAAAAUAGAAGAACUAGAGAGGAAGAUGAACGCAGAGAGAGAUGAGCAAAAGAAACGAGAGAUGGAGAGAAAUUUGGAAAGGAUACGAGAGGAGAGAGAUAAAGAGAGGAAAGAGAUGGAAGAGAGACAUAGAGACGAGAUAUGGGAGAUGAGAGAGAACUAUGAGAGCAAGACCAGGGCUGACUCAGAGAGAAACCUCAUAAAGGUCAUCCUGGCUGAACAACAGAGAAAGAUGGAGGCAGAGUUGAAUAGGCAGAAAGAGGAAAAUAAAAGAAAGACAGAGUGGACAGAGAGAAAGGAAAGAGAGACAGAAACACUGAAACAGAAUGUUCAGCGUCUACAGGCCACUUUGGCAGGGGAGAGAGAGAGACAGAGACAGCACCUCAUUCAGUAUCCUCUUCUUGUAGCCGUGGGAAUGGUGAUGUCAUACAGUAUGCAAAGGUUAGGUAGAUGACCAAUUCAUUAGUAUUGCUGGAGGAUAUUUGUGUUUUAAAUGCUCCAUGUGUUUGUCUGUUUAGACUUUUAUUGUUUAUUCUGUAUUAUGUUGUAAAUUAAUUGCAAUCACUUCUCAGUCUGUGUGAAGCUCAAGCCUCUGUGAAAGAGAAAUAUUUGUGAAGAACUAAAUGAAACUGAUUUGAUCCUCUCACACUAAAUAUGUUUAAAGUAAAAUGUCUAUGCAGUAAAAUGUACUGCUGCUCAGUAAAUGCUGUUGGAAUUUAUUGACAGUAGAUCAUGACUUUACUGAGCAGAAAAUGUUUGUAAAAAAACAUCAACAUUCUACACACCACAUACCAGUUCCCUGUACAUGGACUAAACCUAGUCUAGGUCUGAAAAGUUCUCUAUCUUGGAGUAGCCUAGGCUUAAUCCAGGACACUGACCCAACAUGAGAUGAGCUGAAGCUAAACAUCCUGUAAUUUCCUCAUCCGAAUAUUCUAUUAAAACAUUAUAUCUGUGGUCGUGAUCAUGCUGCAUCUGCAGUUUACAUCAACAUAUUAACUAGUUUCCUAUACACUGUCAGUAGUUGCAUUUUGCAUUUAUAUUUUGGUUUAGUAUAAUUGAUCAUGAAAUUCCAUCAUUGACCUCAUCCUAAGACAUGGCUAUCUUUGGUAUGCCAUUGCUGUACAGUGUUAGAAGCCAGAAUGCUGCUUGCCAUUCUGUAAGAGGAAGAGCCACAACAGGAGGAAAGUGACAGACAUCUAAAUCCAGAACUGAUCAAAAUAGCUAAAAUGAGAGCCGAAGUUUUAACUUUUCACCACGUUAUUAGGACCAGGCACUAACAUUUGAGUGAGGAGAGAAUUAGCCUCGGGACACUUGAAGAGACAUGAAGGAUGAUCUCUUCAUCUGAUUUGUAUGUCUGAAGAAACUUACAGGGAGGCUACACCAGGCGCAUUUUAGAAGACUGGUCUAUUUUUUGUAACGGACGCGCCGCUAUCACGUCUGGUGUAGCUACUUUCAUUGAUUAUAGUGGCAGCUAAUUGUUGCAGCAGACGCAACGCCAACAGAAUGCUUCAGUAUCGUGCCUGGUGUAGCUUAGUCCUUAGGGCCCUAUCUGUCUGACUGUGGGCAAUGUGCAGGGCACAAUGCAACUUUCUUUGCUUGUUUGUGGCCUAGGCAGUUAUAAUUAUCCCACCAGGUGCGCACAUUGUCUGAAUAGCAAAUGUAUUUGCACCCAUGGCCGUGUCAGUGAAAAAAUUAGGUGUGGUCAGGCACAUGAUCACAAAUUGCUAUUUUGAUGCCACUCUGAUUGAUGAGUAUAUGUAUUUAUUCUUUCAAUGUAUAACAUUGUAUAUAAACACAUACAAGCUGAAUUUUGAGUGUGCCAAAUGGUGAAGAUAUAUUAAACACAAUGUUAUAUCUAGUUAAUUACAUUGGUAUACUGCAUAUAUCAAUAAUAGGGUUUUAUAUGGUGUAAUCCAAAACUAUGUAUACAUAAUUUCAUCAAUAAAACCUGAAUGUAACAAAA